CCAAAGAGACCGGAAUUUGAAAUGUUGGUAAUUUUGAAGGUUGGAAAAGCAUUUCCCAUUUGUGUCUUUUUACCUCGUUUUCUUUGAUUUUUUUUAUAUAUAAUCUUCCUUUACCUCUCAAUAGAAAUGACAACGGAUACCAACAUACUUUUAUCACAACGUUCUUUUCAUAUUAGAAAGUCAUUAAAAGAUUUAGCACAAAAACCAAGAAUUACUCGACGAAAAAAAGAAGAAAAACAACAACAACCUUCAUUACCUUUACCUUCUUUACCUCCACACCUUAAUACUAAAGAUAAUUAUGUUUAUGAUGUUUUAUACGAAUGUCAAAGAGGAUCUUGGCUAGUAGGUUAUAGUUCGAAAACUCUAUUGCAAUUUGAUCCUAAUCCUUGGUGUGAUGCUCAAAUGAAAUAUACACCCAUGAAUCCUGCAACUUAUCAAUUACCAGAUCCAACGUGGGAGUGGUUAAAUAAAGAAUGGUUGGUGGAUAUGACUGAAGAUGUAGAUGAAGCUGGUUGGCAAUAUGCUGUCAAAUUCCAUGGUGCUGUAUGGCAUGGUAAUUAUAAACAUUUCCGAUCAUUUGUACGACGAAGACGAUGGAUUCGAUUACGACAUUGUAAACAACAAGAACAAGAGAAAUCUAUUUCAACAUUAACAACACCAAGGCAACUUAUUAAAUUGGAUGAUAUCAUACCUUCUUCAGCUGAAUCUUCACAGUCAUUGAAUGAGUCAAAUCUUAUGGAAAAUUUACAAAAAUGUCGUCUUGAUCGUGAACGAAGAACUGUGAUCGAUUCUCUAUUAUCAUCCUUAUCCUCUUCUCAAUUACAGUCUUUAUUACAGGAUGAAAAGAAGAUAAUGACAUAUAUGAAUAUGUUUGAUUUUGAAGAUUCAAAACGAAUGCUAUUACAGAAACUCCUUGAUAUCAAUCAUAAUAACACCUAUUCAAAACCUAUUUCUUUAUCAUCAUUAUCUAGUGUAGAAAGAAAUCUUAUUGAUUCUUUAUCCUUUUACUCUGAUAUAUAUACCAUUCUUCGUUUAGAUACUUCAUCCAAUUAGUCUAUUAGAAAUAAAAAUAAUAAAUGAUGAUGAUCG